CUCCUUGUUGCCUUCUUGGCGUGCAAAAAAGGAACUGGAAAAGCUUCGAUUUUUGACCCACCCACACCCAGCAGCAGCAGCAGCCAUGGCCGCCACGCCCGAGGGUCUCUUCGCUGACCCCGAGCCCUUCUCCCCCUCCGUCUUCCUCGACCUGCCCCCGACGCCCCGCCCCGAUGGCAACGGCGAGGGCCCGGCCUCGUCGGACGACCUCGUCCUCCCCUUCAUCUCGCGGCUGCUCAUGGAGGUGAACAUGGACGACAACUUCCUGUACCAGUUCCCCGACCACCCCGCGCUCCUCCAAGCCCAGGAACCGUACGCGCGGAUCCUCUCCGACUCCAACAGCUCCGCCUCCGGCUCUGCCGCCACCCUCUCGCCGUCCUCCGAUCACGACCCGGUCCAGCUGCUCAUGUCCCCGCUGCGCCCCGACAUGGGACUGCACGAUUUCACCGGCGACGAUGUCGGCGCCUUCUUCUUGCCGGCGCAAGAUGGCGCCAGCCCGGAGUUGGAGCAGAAUCGGGUGCAAUCAGGGACCGCCGGCGACGCCAACGCGUUCGUCGCCGGCCGAUUCGGCGGCGGCACCGGCGUCCAGAGUUCGGCCUUGUUGGAUAUUGCCGAUGAGCAGAGUCCGGCGCAAUUAGGGAGCACAACCUUGCCUUCGCCUGCUGGGGAUGGUGUGCUGGCCUCGGCCUUCUUCAGUAGCCAGAAUGGGGGAGACAUGGAUGUGCUCCACACAGCAUUCCUCAAGGGCAUGGAGGAGGCCAACAAGUUCUUGCCCACCAUCAACAACAACCUCCUCAUUGACCAGGAGGGGGGAAGAGGCGAUGGCAGCAGGGGGCGCAAAAACAGGCUCAAUUGGGAUGAUGAUCUGGAGGCUGAGACGUGCAGGAAGAGCAAGCUGAUGGUGCCCGAGCCCGAGGAAACUGGCGACAAGGUGGAUGAAAUGAUUGUCAAUGGCCGUGAAUUGUGCCUCAAAGAAAUGGAGGCCUUGCGCAUCACCAUGGGCAGUGAUGCUAGGAAGAACACCAGGAAGGGCAAAGGGAAGUCAGCAAAGGGAAGGUGGAGCGCUGAUGAGGCAGUGGACUUGAGCACCGUGCUCAUCCACUGUGCACAGGCCGUGGCCACCGACAACCGCCGGAGCGCGACCGAGCUGCUUAGGCAGAUCAAGCAGCGCUCCUCGCCGAGGGGUGACGCCACACAAAGGCUGGCGCAUUGCUUUGCUGACGGAUUAGAGGCACGGUUGGCAGGGUCAGGGAGCCAGGUUUACAGGUCGCUCAUGGCCGAGCGCAUCUCGGUCAUGGAUUACCUCAAGGCCUACCAGGUGUACCUGGCAGCUUCCUGCUUCAAAAUGAUGGCAUUCAAGUUCUCUAACAUGACCAUUUCCAAGGUCAUCGCAGGGAGGAAGAAGGUACACAUUGUGGAUUAUGGCAUACAGUAUGGGUUCCAGUGGCCAAGUUUGCUAGGAUACAUGGCAACGCUGAAGGGUGGACCACCUCAAGUGAGGAUCACCGGCAUUGACCUCCCCCAUCCUGGCUUCCGACCAGCUUCUCGGAUCGAGGAGACAGGGCGCCGGCUCAGCAAUUGUGCUUCUCAGCUCGGCGUGCCAUUCAAGUUCCACAGCAUGGUUAAGGCGAGGUGGGAGACAAUUGGUGUUGAUGACUUGAACAUUGACCCUGAUGAGGUACUCAUUGUCAAUAGCAUCCGCAAUUUCGGUAAUCUGAUGGAUGAGGGUGUCGACAUAGAUAGCCCAAGUCCCAGGGAUGUUGUCCUCAGCAACAUUCGCAAGAUGAAGCCUGACGCGUUCAUCCUUUUCGUCAUGAAUGCCUCAUACAACGCUCCGUUCUUUGUAACACGUUUCCGUGAGGCACUGUUCUUUCACUCUGCGAUGUUCGACAUGCUGGAUGCCACCGCUCCACGGGAUAAUCACCAACGCUUUUUGGUUGAGCGGGGCCUCUUUAGGAAGUGUGCCCUGAAUGUUGUUGCCUGCGAGGGCUUGGACAGGGUGGAGCGUGCCGAGACAUAUAAGCAAUGGCAGGUGAGGAACCACCGGGCAGGGUUAAGGCAGCUGCCACUGGAUCCAGAUGUUGUGAAGGAUGUGAGGGAGAAAGUUCGGGAACAUUACCACAAGGAUUUUGUCAUUGAUGUGGAUCAUCAGUGGCUCCUGGAAGGAUGGAAGGGACGCAUACUCUAUGCCAUGUCGACAUGGGUUGCAGACGAUGCUAUCUCAGAACUUUAGCUGCUUUUCUUCAAAGGAUGCAGAGAUAUCGGUAAUCGCAACUGUACAUAUGUUUAUGGCUUUCUGUGUUACCAAUGAGCUUCAUGAACUGCUCAGCAGCAGUGUGGUUGAACACGCUUUCUUGCAAGAUGGCUUGGUCUAGAGGUGAAAUUCAUAAGCAGUAGUGACUAGUGACAUAACAAUGUCUUGUAAUGUACAAUAAGAUAUUUAUUAGUUGUUCUCGUUGCUGCAACUGCACAGGGUCUUACAGAUAGUUCCCUGCGUGCUAGUGCAGAACCUGUAUAAAUGUACAACAGAACUGAAGAACCCCGUUUAUUACUUUACAUAUUGCUAGUAUAUGAUUGUACUAUUCUGUAGCUUUGCAAAUUUAUAUGCUCUAUUUCGUCAA